CCCUUCCAGGCUCCCCGGGUGGGGGCUGCUGAGACCCUGCCCCCUGUGCCAGCGCCCCCCGGCCCCGUCCCCCGUGCUGGCCCUGGCCCAGCUGGAACUGCCCACCGGUCAGAGGACAGGGUGCACGGUGGUGAUUUUCCACCCCGACCUUGUGCAGAGGUUACAACGUCGUCAUGAAAUGAGGGCAAGAUGGGAGAGAAUUUGUCAAAAAAGGGCCGGCUCCCGGGCCUCCGGGUCAAGUACGUCUUCCUGCUGUGGCUGGGCAUCUUUGUGGGCAGCUGGCUGGUGUAUGUGCACUACUCGACCUACGCGGAGCUCUGCCGCGGGCACGUCUGCCAGGUGGUCAUCUGUGACCAGUACCGCAAGGGCAUCAUCUCCGGCUCCAUCUGCCAGGACUUGUGCAACUUGCACAAGGUGGAGUGGAGGGCCUGCCUCUCCUCCGUUCCCGGCCGGCAGGUAUACAGCGGGCUGUGGCAGGGCAAGGAGGUGACCAUCAAGUGCGGCGUCGAGGAGGGCCUCAACUCCAAGGCCAGGUCGGACGCGGCCCCCCGGCAGGAGCUGGUACUGUUUGACAAGCCCACACGGGGCACCUCGAUUAAGGAGUUCCGAGAGAUGACCCUCAGCUUUCUCAAGGCGAACCUGGGGGACCUGCCGUCCCUGCCGGCGCUGGUCGGGCGGGUCCUGCUCAUGGCGGACUUCAACAAGGACAGCAGGGUGUCCCUGGCGGAGGCCAAGUCGGUGUGGGCCCUGCUGCAGCGGAACGAGUUUCUGCUGCUGCUGUCCCUGCAGGAGGACCACGCCUCCAGGCUGCUGGGCUCCUGUGGGGACCUCUACGUCACCGAGGGCGUCCCACACGGCUCCUGGCACGGGGCCGCUCUCCCACCCCUCCUGCGCCCGCUGCUGCCCUCCGCCCUGCACACGGCCCUCCAGCAGUGGCUGGGGCCCGCGUGGCCCUGGAGGGCCAAGAUCGCCAUCGGGCUCCUGGAGUUCGUGGAGGAGCUUUUCCACGGGGCCUACGGGACCUUCUACAUGUGCGAGACCACGCUGGCCAACGUGGGCUACACGGCCAAGUACGACUUCAAGAUGGCGGACCUGCAGCAGGUGGCGCCCGAGGCCGCCGUGCGCCGCUUCCUGCGGGGCCGCCACUGCGAGCACAGCGCGGACUGCACGUACGGCCGGGACUGCAGGGCCCCCUGCGACAAGCUCAUGCGCCAGUGCAAGGGCGACCUCAUCCAGCCCAACCUGGCCAAGGUGUGCGAGCUGCUGCGGGACUACCUGCUGCCCGGCGCCCCCGCCGACCUGCGCGAGGAGCUGGGCAAGCAGCUGCGCACCUGCACCACGCUGAGCGGGCUGGCCAGCCAGGUGGAGGCGCACCACUCCCUGGUGCUGAGCCACCUCAAGACCCUGCUCUGGAAGAAGAUCUCCAACACCAAGUACUCCUGAGGGGCGCCGCCCUCCCGCUCACCAGGGGGCGCCCGGGGCCCUGGCGAGCCACUCCUCCCUCUUCGCCCUGCGGAGGCGGCCAGGGCCAGGACCGAGGCGGGGUGGGGGCCUGGCCAGGCGGCCGCUCUGCACAGAAGCCCGGGGAAGUGGUGCGGAGCCCUUCCCCCACCCCCCGCCUUCCCAGCUCUCCAGACCCCACGACCAGACAGAGGGGCUGUCGAGCUGGACCAGGAGACUGGGGUGGGGGCGGGGGAGCAGGACGGGAGCACCCGGAGCCUGACCACCAGGGGCUGAAGGACACUCCCAAGGUUUUGUUACCUUUAAGGACUCGUGAUGUAAAUAAACAGCUUUUCUGGGAGUG